AUUUUUUGCAAUUAUAUAAACGAGAUAUAUAAUACAAAGCACGCAUCUAUCGUAGCUGUCGCAGAAUAUUCAACUUUGACAGCUACCAAUUUUAAGAAUGAAAGUUAUCGCUUUGAUAUCGUAUCACUCGCGAUAAAUAAUAUUCAACAUAUAAUAGCGCUUAGUUACGUUCUAUGUAAAUCCUAUUUAAAUAAAUGGCGACAGCGAUUAAAGAACGAACAAUUCCUGCUAUGGACACACUGGUCAAGUAUGAUAAUCCAGUUUUAAUUACGACUCAUCCAGAGAAGAUACGUAAGGAACCAGCAAAAAUUGGUAUAGCUACUUGCAAAAUUCAAACAACCUUACCUCCAGUUGAUGUACGACGAGAAACUAUCGAAAUUUUAAAUAGAAUUUUACCACCGAAAGAAUGGGAGGAAGAGGGCCAAAUAUGGACUCAGCGCGUAUCGAGUACUCCCGCAACAAGAUUAGAUGUGAUUAAUUUACAAGAACAACUCGAUAUGCGAUUGCAACAAAGGCAGGCAAGAGAAACCGGUAUUUGUCCUGUUCGUAGACAGCUCUAUACACAAUGUUUCGAUGAAUUAAUACGGCAAGUAACUGUAAAUUGCGCCGAACGUGGAUUACUUUUAUUGCGAGUACGGGACGAAAUUAAAAUGACAUUAGCUGCGUACCAGACAUUAUAUCAAAGUAGCAUCGCUUUCGGAAUGCGUAAAGCGCUGCAAGCCGAGCAAGGCAAAGAAAAUUUAAUUAAUACAGCCGAGGAAUUAAAACUACAAAAAAUUGAGCUAGAGAGAACAGUAGCAGAAUUACGACUCAAAUAUGAUCAAUCUGAGAAAAGAUCGGCCGAAUUAAGGGAAGCGGAGGAAAAAAAACAUAUGGAGGAAGUGCAAUUCCUUAAAAAAACAAAUAUGCAAUUGAAGACUCAAUUGGAAGGUAUAAUAGCGUCAAAAAAGUAACUGUGCAGAUGAAAUUUUCAUUUGAA